AUGAUGGUGGUAUGCUGGCUCUCCAUGGCAGAGCAACGCUUCUAGUCCUCGCAAAUUAAACGUGGACCACCCCACAUACGCAUCACAGGAAGCAGCCAAACUCUCCCUCUCUCGCUCUCCCUCUCUUUCCCCACCACCACAAAAUGAUUUUUCUCCCCAUCAUUCAUCGUCUUAUAGCUAUCACCGUUUAACUUUCUCCAUUCUUCUUCCCACUCUCUCUGUGUGGGAAGAGAGGAUGAACCCAUUUUCUUCACACUGUAACAACCUGCGCAAGUACUUUCCACAGCUUCAGCAAGAAAAGGACGGCCAUAGUGCCUUUGACACAAACAGAUGUUUCUUCCAUUCUCCUCUCUCUUUCUCCACCUUCUCUGCAGCUCUCAGCCAGCCGGACCAUGCUCGGGAGCUAGCGGCGGUCACAGCACAUCUGUGCGGCCUAGGAUCUCAGUUGGCCUUGAAGUUUCGAGGACUAGUUCUUAACAUCAAUGGACUGCAUGUUCAGUCACAGGAUUGUCUUAAUUUCGCCAACAUCUCACAGGCCGCAAGUUCUAGAGGUAUCUUAGCAUUAGGACAAACCCAUGUCAAUGCAGAGAAAGAAGAAGAACAAGAGGUACAGAGGAAAAAUGAAGAGGGCAACAGAUCAAACGGCAGGGACAGUUUUGCUGAAAUGCACAAGUAUCUUUUGGCUGGUGCGGUGUCAACGAUUAUUUCAAGAACAAGCAUGGCUCCAUUGGAAAGAAUCAAGCUGGAAUGCAUGGUUCGGCCACACCUGACAUGGAUCACCACCAUCCAAUGGAUAUGGGGUUCCGAGGGGUUGUUGGGAUUCUGGAAGGGCAAUCUCCUCAACCUCUUCCGCAUGGUCCCCUUCAAAUCCAUCAACUUCAUCUGUUACGACCUCUACUGCGACCGCCUCCGCCAGGUUAAUGGCAAGCAGGAACUCACAAGCCAUGACAGGCUCAUCGGCGGUGGCAUCUCCGGCGUCCUAGCGACAGUUCUCUGCUUACCUCUUGAUACGAUCAGAACCAGGCUUUUGGCACCGGGAGGGGAGGCUCUAGGAGGCGUGGUGGGGUGUGUCGUUCAUAUGGUUCGAAGAGAAGGGUUACUGUCUCUCUAUAAGGGCCUGACUCCGGCACUGCUUAGCAUGGGGCCGGCCAGUGCAGUGUUCUAUGGCGUCUACGACAUACUGAAAGCAUCUUAUCUGAGGUCGUCUCCACAGGCACUGGAGAAGGAGCUUGUUGAGAUGGGGCCUGUAAGGACACUCAUUUAUGGUGCCAUUGCAGGUGCUUGUGCAGAAACAGUGACCUACCCUCUAGAAGUGGUCCGCAGGCAGCUUCAACUUCACACUGCUGCCAAGGUCGGUCUGAUUGCUGCAUUUGGGAAAAUGAUUGAGAGAGAUGGGUUCGGAUCCAUGUUUGCUGGCCUCGUUCCUAGCACCAUGCAGGUUUUGCCAUCCGCAGCUCUUAGCUAUCUCUUCUACGAGAUGAUGAAGUCGAUACUGAAAAUCAAUUGAUUCGUUUAUCUGAGCAUGCGUGCAUCCACAAUAAUCGUAUGAUAUAUUCAAUUUUAUGGCAAUGUAAUAGAAAAUUACCCUUCGAUAAGAUUUUGGUCACUGUCUCCCUCGCCAUUUUGUUUGUUGUUAAUUGAUGAAUUGAAGCUAAUAGAAGAGCAAUAUUGCACGAUGUUA